GCCCCAAGACUCCGCUCGGAGCCGCUGUGGGCGCGCUUGACUGACAGGCGGCGCGGUUGCGACGGCAGGGGAGCCUGGCCAGAAUGGGGGAUCCCAGAGACUUCUGCCCUCACCUGGACUCCAUAGGGGAGGUGACCAAAGAGGAUUUGCUGCUUAAAUCUAAGGGCACCUGCCAGUCGUGUGGUGUUGCUGGACCUAACCUAUGGGCGUGCCUCCAGGUCACCUGCCCCUACGUUGGCUGUGGAGAGUCUUUUGCUGACCAUAGCAGCAUUCACGCACAGGUGAAAAAGCACAACCUGACUGUGAACCUGACCACGUUCCGGGUGUGGUGCUACGCCUGUGAGCGGGAAGUCUUCCUCGAACAGCGCCUGACAGUCCACCUGUCCAGCUCCUCGGCCAAGCUCUCAGAGCAGGACUCCCACCCUCUGAAAGCUGUCCCCAUUGCUGUGGCUGAUGAAGGAGAGUCCGAGUCAGAGGACGAUGACCUGAAACCUCGAGGCCUCACAGGCAUGAAGAACCUGGGGAACUCCUGUUACAUGAACGCCGCCCUGCAGGCCUUGUCCAAUUGCCCUCCACUCACCCAGUUCUUCCUGGAGUGUGGGGGCCUGGUACGCACAGACAAGAAGCCGGCCUUGUGCAAAAGUUACCAGAAGUUGAUCUCUGAGGUCUGGCACAAGAAACGGCCAAGCUACGUGGUCCCCACCAGCCUGUCCCAUGGGAUCAAGUUGGUCAACCCGAUGUUCCGAGGCUAUGCCCAGCAGGACACCCAGGAGUUCCUACGCUGCCUGAUGGACCAGCUUCAUGAGGAGCUCAAGGAGCCCAUGGUAGCUGCUGUGGCAGCACUCAGUGAUGCUCGGGACUCAGAUUCCAGCGACACAGACGAGAGGCGUGAUGGCGACCGGAGCCCAUCAGAGGACGAGUUUCUGUCCUGUGACUCAAGCAGUGACAGGGGUGAGGGUGAUGGGCAGGGGCGUGGUGGAGGCAGCUCAAAGGCUGAGAUGGAGCUGCUGGUCUCAGACGAGGCAGGCCGAGCCAUCUCUGAGAAGGAGCGAAUGAAGGACCGCAAGUUCUCCUGGGGCCAGCAGCGUACCAACUCGGAGCAGGUGGACGAGGAUGCUGAUGUGGACACAGCCAUGGCCUCCCUUGAGGACCGGCCCAGCGAGGCCCAGCCACCAACACCUAGGUCCACCAGUCCCUGCCGGACCCCAGAGCCAGACAACGAAGCCCACAUUCGCAGCUCCUCUCGCCCCUGCAGCCCUGUCCACCACCACGAGGGCCAUUCCAAGCUGUCCAGCAGCCCUCCUCGGGCAAGCCCUGUGAGGAUGGGGCCAUCGUACGUGCUCAAGAAAGCUCAGGUGCCGAGUACUGGUGGCCGGAGGCGGAAGGAGCAGAGCUACCGCAGUGUCAUCUCAGACGUCUUCAAUGGCUCUGUCCUCAGCCUGGUGCAGUGUCUCACCUGUGACCGGGUAUCUACCACUGUGGAGACAUUCCAGGACCUGUCAUUGCCCAUCCCUGGCAAGGAAGACCUGGCCAAACUCCACUCUGCCAUCUACCAGAAUGUACCAGCCAAGCCGGGUGCCUGUGGGGACAGCUACUCCUCCCAGGGCUGGCUGGCCUUCAUUGUGGAGUAUAUCCGGCGGUUCGUGGUGUCCUGUACCCCCAGCUGGUUUUGGGGCCCUGUGGUCACAUUGGAAGACUGCCUGGCUGCUUUCUUUGCUGCUGAUGAGCUGAAGGGUGACAAUAUGUACAGCUGUGAGCGGUGUAAGAAGCUUCGGAAUGGCGUCAAGUAUUGUAAGGUCCUAUGUCUGCCUGAGAUUCUGUGUGUCCACCUGAAGCGCUUCCGGCAUGAGGUGAUGUACUCCUUCAAAGUCAGCAGCCACGUCUCCUUUCCCCUCGAGGGGCUGGACCUGCGCCCUUUUCUGGCCAAGGAGUGCACAUCCCAGGUCACCACCUAUGACCUCCUCUCUGUCAUUUGUCACCAUGGCACAGCAGGCAGCGGGCACUACAUUGCCUACUGUCAGAAUGUCAUCAACGGGCGGUGGUAUGAAUUUGAUGACCAGUAUGUCACCGAGGUCCAUGAGACAGUGGUACAGAAUGUGGAGGCCUAUGUGCUCUUCUACAGGAAGAGCAGUGAGGAGGCCAUGCGUGAGCGGCAGCAAGUAGUGUCCCUGGCUGCCAUGCAGGAGCCGAGCCUGCUCCGCUUCUAUGUGUCCCGAGAAUGGCUCAACAAGUUCAACACCUUUGCAGAGCCGGGGCCCAUCACCAACCACACCUUCCUGUGCUCCCAUGGAGGUAUCCCACCCAACAAAUACCACUACAUCGAUGACCUGGUGGUCAUUCUGCCGCAGAGCGUCUGGGAGCACCUGUACAGCAGGUUUGGGGGUGGCCCUGCUGUGAACCAUCUGUAUGUGUGCUCCAUCUGCCAGGUGGAGAUUGAGGCCCUGGCCAAGCGCAGGAGGGUGGAGAUUGACACUUUCAUCAAGCUCAACAAGGCAUUCCAAGCUGAGGAGUCUCCCGGAGUCAUCUACUGCAUCAGCAUGCACUGGUUCCGCGAGUGGGAGGCUUUCGUCAAGGGGAAGGACAGCGAGCCUCCUGGGCCCAUCGACAACAGCAGGAUUGCGCAGGUCAAAGGCAGUGGCCAUAUCCAGCUAAAGCAGGGGGCUGACUAUGGGCAGAUUUCUGAGGAGACCUGGACCUAUCUGAACAGCCUGUACGGGGGUGGCCCUGAGAUUGCCAUCCGGCAGAGUGUGGCCCAGCUCCCAGACCCGGAGGGCUUGCACGGAGAGCAGAAGAUUGAGGCUGAGACUCGGGCUGUGUGACUUCGGCCAGGCUGAGUGCCUGUAGUUGGCCCUAUCCCACUCCAGACAGCCCUGCAUCCCUCUGAAGGCUGCGUCCCGCUGAGUGCCCACUGUCCCUGAAGGCUGGUGUUUGCCGUUCCCCAGAGGGUGUGUCUGUGCCCUGGU